AUGCUCCUGGAAGCACUCAGCUCUCCGUACACCUACUCUACUAUUCUAUUCAUCAUCGCCGGACUCUCAUUUCCCAUCCAUCUAUUUGGUGGUUACUGUAUCCUUGUCAAAACUCCCGAGGUCAUGAAAUCAGUUAAAUGGAGUUUAUUCAAUGUUCACAUGUGGACAUCGUUUUUGGAUUUAAGCAUGAGUUUCUUUGCCCAACCAUUCAUCAGUGCUCCGUUUACUGGGUUCCCAAUGGGAGUUUUGCAUCGUAUUGGAGUGGAGACUGACCUUUUAUGUUACGUUUGCUCAGUGAUUUCUUAUUUGAUGCCUGUCUCUAUCAUUGGCAUGUUCGAGAACCGCUUCUUCAUCCUAUUCGCCCAUAAAACCUUCUGGAGAUUUGCUCGACAUCCGUUCAGAUUAAUUGACUACCUAUUGGCAAUACUCAUCCCACUGCCUGUCUACCUCGGUACUCCUGAACAGGAGUACGCACGAAAUGUGACGUUUGAACAAAAUCCCGGCCUCAUGCUUUAUAAUAUUCCGGAAUCCCCAAUGUUUGUGGUAGCAAUUGAAAAAACAUGGAUCAGGAUUCGACAUUUGAUGCUUUUUUCAAAGUUUCUUAUUCAGUUGCUGGUUUUUGUAGUGCUUAUCAGAUGGAAUAUGAACAAGUCUAUAAGUGAAAUAAAAUCGAUGGUUUCCAAAAACACCUUCAGAAUGCACAAAAGCUUCGUGAGAUCCUUGAAUUUCCAGGUAGCCAUCCCUCUGUUCAUCGUUUGCAUUCCAUUUAUGGUAAACGUUUUCAUUCCAAUGUUCUCGACGGACCUUCAGGGCACCACAAACCUCAUCUGCAUUAUUAUUAUAUCAAUGCAUGGGGUCCUGUCGACAUUGGUCAUGGUGCAUCUUCAGAAAGCAUAUCAUGUUGAGAUUCUGAGAAUAUUUGGCUGUAAAACUGCAAAGAUUGAGAAAAAUGUUGGUGGAGUUGUGGCGACUUUGUAG